AUGGCCAGUCUCAACAGCCUCCUCAACCCCGAGUCCGCCUAUGAGACUUCCGUCAGAGAUACGCCCCCCGCCUCAGCGCCCCGAGGUGUCAUCCGCGCCCAUGAGCCACAUCCCGACUGCCCCGACACCCUGGCCUGCCUCCCUGACACCGAGGGUCGCCCACAGCACACGCUUCCUGUCAUUCUCAGAUGCACCAUUCUCGGGAGCCCGCGAAAACGCCUGACGAUCCGGGAGAUAUAUGCCGCGAUGGAGAGGAAGUACCCGUACUAUAAGACUGCAGGCCCGGCUUGGAAGCAAUCCGUGCGGCACCACCUCUCUCUCAAUCGCCUCUUCGAGCGCCAACCCCGCCCUCCGUCCGAUCCGGGCUUCGGUUCGUACUGGACUGUCAACCUUGACGCCCCACCAGGGACAAAGCGUCCGAGGAAAAGAGGAAGGAACAACAAAACGGAUACCUCGGGAGACGGGCUUGCGGGCGGUAUGCUUCCCAUGCGCAACUCUCAUUUACAUCCGAGUGCCAACCCCCACGCGCACCAGCAGUCCGUUCCUUCCAUGCCAAAACUGCGUCCAGUGGACAGCCACUCGUUCAAGUCGCCCGCUGAACGCAACUAUUACGACGACGACGAUGACGAAGAAGACGACGAGAUGGAAUGGGAAGAUGAGGCGGACGUGCCCCGGUUCACCGACGAGGAGUAUUCCAGCUCGGAAGACAUGCCGUACCAGUAUGACCCUCGGUCCCACAACCGCGGCCCGAACUCCUUCCCCGGCGCGGGGCACCGAACGCACUCUACGCCUCAAUCUCAGCCAGGCAGAGGAGGACCCGGUCUCCACGGGGCAUUUUCCAGCUACUCGGCUCUUGAUCACCAGGAUACCAUCGAGCGGCUUAAGAUGGAAAUGGCCGGGCUGCGGAGACAGUCUCAGGACGCGACGAGCCAACAAAUGAGGGCCGCGGAAAAGAUGCUCGAGGAGGAAACUCGGCGGCGUGUUCAGGCCGAGAAGGUCGCGGACGAUGAGGUCAAACGGCGCCGGCAGGCGGAAGACCAGCUCCGCGCGCUGCGUGUGCAGAACCAGCAGCAACGCAAGUACGGCCCAUAG